AUGUCUCUCUUUUUUCCCUCCAGUGAACUUGAAGAUGACUUACUUGGAGAAGAUUUGCUAUCUGGCAAAAAGAAUCAGUCGGAUUUGUCAGAUGAAGAGCUAAAUGAUGAUCUUUUACAGAGUGAUAAUGAAGACGAAGAAAAUUUCAGUUCUCAGGGUGUGACAGUUAGUCUCAAUACCACAUCUGGCAUGGUUACAUCAUUUGAACUGUCUGACAACACUAAUGACCAAUCUGGAGAACAGGAAUCUGAGUAUGAACAAGGAGAGGAUGAACUAGUGUAUCACAAAUCUGAUGGAUCCGAAUUGUAUACUCAAGAGUACCCAGAAGAAGGACAGUAUGAAGGCCACGAUGCUGAGUUGACAGAAGACCAGAUAGAAUAUGUGGAAGAGCCAGAGGAGGAGCAACUUUACAGUGAUGAAGUGUUAGACAUUGAAAUCAAUGAACCUUUAGAUGAAUUUACAGAUGAAGAAUACUUGCAGGCUCGCGCUGGGCAGCAGGGGCUGCGUGGGCAGGAGGACUGUGUUGCUGGAGAGGCGUUAGAUGAGAUUACUGAGUCCCAGGUUGCUCCUGACACUGAAGAGGUAUCUAACACAUAUGCAUCUUUUCAAAUAGAGCUUUCAGCAGAGGCCAAGGCGGCAUUACUUGAAUUUGAAGAAAGAGAACGACAGCAUAAACAGGGACGCUAUGGCUCCAGGCGGGGCGGCCGGCGCGGAGGCCCGCUGAUGUGUCGUGGCGUGGGGGACCAGAGGAGAGAGAGCAGCGAGAGGAGCAGGAUGAAGGACCACAGACCUGCGCUGCUGCCCACACAGCCUCCCAUCGUGACUCACUCUCCAAGAUUAAUUCCUCCUCCUCAGCCACAGCCUCCCCCGCCACCGCCGCCACCCCCUCCUCAGCAGCAGCCGAUCAGAAGUCUGUUCCAGCAGCAGCAGCUCCAGCCGCUGCUGCCCUUGCAGCAUCCGCACCACCCCUCCCCGCCACAGGGCAUGCACAUGCCUCCCCAGAUGGAGACCCCGAGAAUAAUGAUGACCCCUCCUCCCGUGACCCCGCAGCAGCCCAAGAACAUACACAUCAACCCACACUUCAAAGGGACGGUGGUGACUCCCGUUCAAGUGCCCUUACUGCCAGUUCCCAGCCAGCCGAGACCUGCGGUGGGACCCCAGAGAUUCCCAGGCCCUCCAGAAUUCCCACAGCAUACACCUGGACCUGUUCCCAACAACUUCAGUCAGCCCCCACGACUUCCUCUCCAGGACCAGUGGAGAGCCCCACCCCCGCCUCAGGAGCGAGACCCUUUCUUCUUAGGAGUUUCAGGUGAACCAAGGUUCCCAAGUCAUCUUUUUCUGGAACAGCGAAGUCCCCCUCCACCACCACCUCCUCCCACGCUUCUUAACAACAGCCAUCCUGUUCCCACUCAGAACCCGUUACCAUUCACUCAGCCAGGACCAGCAUUUAAUCAGCAAGGACAGCAACCGGUGUUCCCGAGAGAGAGGCCCGUCAGACCAGCCCUGCAGCCUCCGGGUCCAGUGGGGAUUCUGCACUUCAGCCAGCCAGGGUCAGCACCCACACGGCCUUUCAUCCCUCCUAGACAGCCCUUCCUGCCUGGCCCCGGACAGCCCUUUCUGCCCACGCACGCACAGCCCAGCCUGCAGAAUACAACUUCUCAGAAUGUAACCAAACGGCCCAUGCAGCAAAUGCAGCCCACCGCUCCACGAAACAGUAAUUUGCGUGAGUUACCGAUAGCGCCAUCGCACGUCAUAGAGAUGAGUGGCAGUCGCUGCUCCUCCACACCCGCGGCUCAGGUGAAGCCUGUCCUUAGCGCCUCACCACCUGCAAGGGCUGUGGUGGCUUCCAGGAGCUCGCAGGGAAAGACUGAAGCGAAAGUCAAGCCAGUUAGCCCCGUGGCUCAACCUAAAGAAGAAGCCAAAGCGGAACCAGAGGUAGGACCUCUUCCUGAUGAGGAAACAAGGUUAUAUCGCUUAAAGAUAGAAGAACAGAAACGCCUAAGAGAAGAAAUCCUAAAACAGAAGGAGUUACGACGGCAGCAGCAGGCUGGUGCCAGGAAGAAGGAGUUGCUAGAAAGACUCGCGCAGCAGCAGCAGCAGCAGCAGCAGCAGCUCUAUACCCCACCACCCCCGGUCGAGCAAGAGGAGCAGGCAUCUUCACCAUCACCCCCCAAUGGGAACCCACUGCUGCCCUUUCCAGGUGCACAGGUCAGACAGAAUGUGAAAAACAGACUUCUCGUUAAAAACCAAGAUGUCACUGUUCCAAAUGUUCAGCCCAAAACAUCAAAUUUUAUACCAUCUGGUGCCAACAUGCAGUAUCAAGGACAGCAGAUGAAACCACUGAAACAUCUGAGACAGGCCAGAACAGUCCCUCAGAGUCAAACUCAGCCGCUGCAUAAAGUCCUCCAGAUAAAACCUGCAGACAUGGAGGAGACUGCCCGGGUGGCGUCCAUUCAGGGCCGGCCCCAGGACAUGAAGCCUGGCGGGAAAAGGACUGUCACGCACAGGGCAAACAGCGGUGGUGGAGACGGGCCCCAUGUCAGCUCCAAGGUCAGGGUGAUUAAGCUGUCAGGCGGGGGAGGAGAGAGCGAUGGCUUUUUUCACCUUGAAGGCCAGCCCCAGCGGCUUCCUCAGCCUCCGGAAGUGGGACCACAGCCUGCCCGCAAGGUGACGCUGACCCGGGGGGGCCUCCAGCAGCCCCCACACCUACCUCCGGGACCCCAUGCACACUCGGCUGUCCCUCCAGGGAUCAAAAGCAUCCAAGGAAUCCAUCCGGCGAAGAAGGCCAUCAUGCACGGGCGGGGCAGAGGGGUGGCCGGUCCCAUGGGCCGGGGACGCCUGGUGCCCAACAAGCAGAACUUGCGGGUCGUGGAGUGCAAGCCGCAGCCCUGCGUGGUGUCCGUGGAGGGGCUGUCCUCGUCAACCACCGACACCCAGCUGAAGAGCCUGCUGAUGUCCGUGGGACCCAUUCAGAGUUUACAGAUGCUUCCCCAGCAGCGGAAAGCCAUAGCUAAGUUCAAGGAGCCAGCCCACGCGUUAGCGUUCCAGCAGAAAUUCCACAGGCAUAUGAUAGAUUUAUCCCACAUAAAUGUGGCCCUGAUCGUGGAGUGACUUCUAGCAGGAGACCUGACCUCGUGCUGUACACACACUGGGGGAUUUCUUCAAGAGAGCUGCCAGCCGGCGCAGAAUCCCCAGGAGCUUAGAUCUCUCCGGGCUGCUGUCUAGAGCGCCAGCCAGCCGCAGGGUUGACGGAGAAGAGCUGAACUUGCACAGCGAGCUGGAGUUUGGUGUUAGGCUGAUUGCUUCAGAUUCUGUUGUCACCGCAAAGAACUCCAAGUUUUUCGUUUUCUUUUGUUUUCAAAGUGCUUACGAUGCAUGUAGACGUUGUUCUUCGUGAUCUGACUGAUCGAUCACAGUAACUUAGAUUCAGGAAAGAACAUUAAUGUCACAAAUUCCAAGUAUUUUUCACAGCAAAGAAUAUUUGAUAAUGGUUGCACUUAUCUUCAGUGCAGGCUAGAAAAGAGUCUUCUCAACCAAGCUUAGCUUGAGUGGUCUCCUCAGAAAGCCCUCAAAAGGCUCUUGUAAAAACCUAGAUUAAAAUUUGGGUGAUUAUUGAUCGACAUUUGCAUAUCCUGGAAAGCCAGGGUAUGAGUGGGGUGGUUGGGAGUGGUGCCAAUUGAACGGAGAUUCUGCUUCUUGUCGAUAUUUCUAAAGCGCCAACUGUAUGCUCCUAGUCCCGAGGUGAACUGCCCACUUUUUCACACUCUUCCCCAGUAAGGCGAGAGUGCUGGCAGGCCCCUGGCGUGGCACAGAGCACGGUCUGCCGUGCCCUGGAGGUGGAGGAACAGCCUGAAAGUAGAACAGACCUGUCCAGUGUUCUCUCUCUUUUUAAAUGCAGUCCAGGGCGGCGUGUCUGUCUCUCUGGCUCUGCGAUAUGGGACGUUCUCUGGGAGCCCGGUUAUCACUGCUUUGAUCGCCCUUUUUCCCCAAAGGCCACUUGAGCAGGGGCUGCACCGUCCUUUAUUGGACCUGAGAGUGGGGCGACGCUGUGGCGCCGUCCGUGGCGUGUGGCUCGAGGGCGGCUGUCUUCCAGGGACAGCGUGGCCCAGGCUGAGAUGUGUCCGUGUCAUCGUUGAAACUGCUUUUAGUAGUUCUGGGUAGGUUCCCUUAGGUGAGACUUACUCUGCAUAAGAAACCUUAGUGGAGUCUGUUCUGGGCGAACACUGAAAAAAGUGCCUUAUUGUCUUCUGCUCAUGAAGCGUUUCACUACUUUGGAUAUUCUAAAGUGGACGUGAACUAUUUGAGCAAAUAAUACUAGGGCAUGCUCAGACUUUUUAGCGAUGUUUUAUACCUACGAUUUCAUGUCACAUUUGUUAAUAGAAUUAAGGGAUCCAGAAGCCUGUUACCACUCACUGCCUCGAGCGAGUGCGGCCCCCGGGCUGUCAGUCUCCAGAAGGAGGGGCUGAGGAUGAGGGCACAAGGCUUGUCUCCUCUGUGUCCACAGUUGAAAUUUUAUAUCUUUUUUCAAAUUAAGUUACCAAGACAAUAUUAAGAACUAGAGGAGAAUAUUCCAGACCCUGUGAGACUUUCUGUAGCAUUGAUUCUAAAAUGGCAUCGUGUGCUUAAGAGAAGCUGCAGGUGGUUGUUGGCAGCUGCUCUUCAGAAACAGCUGUUCCCAGGAAGCCACGGGCACCCGCAGGCUGUGCUAGACACCUGCAGCUGCGGAGCCGGCCACCUCUGGUCCAGAAAGCCUCUGACCGGCCUCUGGAAGACGGGCUUGUAAGCCAGCCCUGCCUCACGGUGCCGGCAGGAGGGCGUCCACGCGUCCCUGUGCCCGUCAGUGGGUUCCUCGGCCAUCGGUACCCACUGUGUUCACAGGUAGAUACGGAUGUGUUUAUAUAUUUAAAAGGCGUAGUUUAUUUAUCUCAGUCCACAGAGAGUUGCGUUGAAUUGAUGAGUUUGGUAGCUUAUGGGCUCUAAUUUUAAAGAGAACUCCAAACCACUUAGUGCCCAAGUGUAGUGGGAAGGCUUACCAACUUACUUUAUUAUUGAAAACUUCCCGAUGCAAUAAAAUGAGUUUAACAAAUUUUUACCACUUUCUGAAAUGAUCUGAGCGUGCUGUGGUUUAAAAACCAAAAGUCUGCACGUAGUCUCUGAGAAGCAGGCAUGGAAGCACGCUUCGCCAGUGUCAGUAGGCCGACCGGUGUGGGCACCACUGUUCUCAGGCUUCACGCUGCCGUAAGGUCUGCUUUUGGUGCCGAGUGUGGCAGGGACCGGGAAGGCGUGUGUCUGUAACUGUACACACACACACACAAGCUUUCUCUUGGUAGAACGCUCCGGAAAGGCCAUCAGCAAAGUCUCCCGGCCUGUCCUAAAGCACCGGUGAGAACAGCCACACGCAGUCCCGCCGCUCUUACUGAAAACGACCAUUGGAAAUGGGCUCUUAGUACCAGACCAUCCCAGUAAUAAGAGUCAGUUUCCUUUACGGAAACUGCAGAAAAGGGAAGAAGCAGAAUUAGAAAGCAACGCUAUUUCCAUUUUUGUUGCGCUUUGCGCUUCUCGCAGUGAAGUCAGACCGCGUAAGCUGAACCCUCGUGGGAGAUCUGCUGCAACCAUUAUCUUUGUUCUUAUUUAUCAUGCAUUUAAGAUGAGAUGCAGAAGCAUUUAGCCUACUGUGUAAAUACGGACCUUUUAAAAUUAAAACGUCAUUGGGAAUGCUUUCAACUCAGCAACAUCUUAGCUAUUUGUUAGUUCUUUUGUGUUGUCGUAUCAAAGUUUAAUGGAGCCAGUUCCAUAAUUGUUGAUGUGUUUGUGUGUAUAUUCGAUUUUUAUAAAGAUGGUAGUAAGUCAA